AUGAGGUGGUUUGUGGUUGAAAGUAUUGACCUCGAAAUGCAAGACAAUGAAGUGUCGGCGACCGGUGUCAGGAAGGUACUUUCACCUCCUGUAGGUGUGGUCUCUAGGCAGUCCACAGAUCUACUGUUACAAGAACGGAAAAUCUCGCGACGCUUAGUUCCCUUCAGUGCACACCAUUUUCUAGGUUGUCCUCCUUUACCCGUCCUUCCAGCAAUCCAGGAGCCCCUUUCAAGAUUCCUCUCAUUCGCCUCGUCUCUGCUUAAGCAGCCUUCGACGUCUGCAGACGGCAGGUCCGGUCGCGCUGGCAUUCUUCUGAAAGGCCCCCGAGGAUGCGGGAAACGGACACUAGCGCGGCACGCCUGUCAACAGCUUGGCUUUCACUAUAAGGAAAUCGAUGGCCUCGCUGUUUCCCAAGGAGCAUCUGGAAGAGCUGCGGCGGCAGGCGAGGCCCCUACUCAGGCGGACAUGAAUCGUUUACAGGUAGCCCGCCAAUUGACAGAAGCCAUCCAAGUCACUGACGAGGCAUGUGGAAAGCCGAUCCUGCAGGUUUCCUCGACAGAAGUGGCCGAGAUGUGCACAGGCCUCGUCGCCGAUGACGUCCAUUCGCUCUUCUAUAAGGUGCUUCACGAGAAGGCCGAAGCCCUUAUGCGGGAGCAAACUCUUGCAAUUGCCGGUCGAGUACAUCCCCGAGAAGCCUGCACGAGUCCCUCCAUCACGCCAACGAUGACAGCAGCAGAUUUUCGGCGAGCCGUUAAAGCGUUCCGUUCAGAUACCGUUGACAAUAACGUCCCAAGCGUCCAGUGGCAGGAUGUAGGCGGUAUCGAGAGAGCAAAGGAAGAGAUUCGUGACUACAUAUCUUUGCCCCUCGAGCGUCCCGAGCUGUUCGAAGGAUUAAAGACCCGAGGAGGAAUCCUGCUCUUCGGGCCGCCUGGCACCGGCAAGACUCUUCUCGCAAAAGCUGUUGCAACCGAGUGUGGUGUAAAUUUCAUUUCUGUGAAAGGGCCGGAGCUUCUGAACAUGUACAUUGGCGAGAGCGAAAAAAACGUUCGGAAGGUUUUCCAGAAAGCCAGGGCCUGUAGACCGUCCGUCCUUUUCUUCGACGAACUAGAUGCCCUGCUGCCCCGUCGAGGACGAACAUCUGAUUCUGCUGGCGUCCUUGACCGAAUCGUCGCUCAACUUCUUGCAGAGUUAGACGGAUUGCCAAACAAUGUGUUUGUCAUUGGGGCCACCAAUCGAAUAGAACUGAUUGACAAGGCUGUCAUGCGUGCUGGUAGGCUGGACCGAUGCGUAUAUAUUGGUAUCCAGCAAAAUCGCAUGCCGCUUCUUGAGGCCCUUACGCGACACAUGACCCUUGAGGAGACCUUUGAGGUUCCUGCAGAUCCUUCGCCAUGUACACAGGGGACUGACAGCGUGCGUCGUCGCCUGCUGGACACAGUGAACAGCCUUAUCCCUCCUCAAUUCACAGGAGCCGACUGCAAAGGGCUCUGCAGUGUGGCUGGGCUUCUCGCCGCCAAGGAGAAAAUCAAUUUUGUCAAUGCCAUGAGUGGAAGCGCUACAUCGUUGCGUCAUGUGCUUCUCGGGGUAGCACUUGUUUCAUUCAUCCAAUACUGCUCUUGUUUCGGUAUCCUCCUCCAAAGCCUUUGGUGGGGGAACAAGCCUAGCCGGUUGUGA